CGUCCCGGACAGGAAGAAAGGGGCCAGAAGAAGAAGUCAACAUCUGCUGAGCCAUAACAAGAUUAAGCUUAUGAAACAAUGGAUGACUGACAAAUAAGAAAUAUUGACUUUACUACUACAGGAGCAGGGCGUCGCAUCACACAUUUGUGACUCUAGAUAUUUCUCCUCUUUCUUGGUGAAAGGGAGAAACGCUUCUGUCUGGAUUUUUUUUUCCCGAAAACUUCCCACUUUUGCGAAGGAUUUGAUAUUUAUUUUUGAUAUAUACACAUAUUCAAAAUCUGGUCCUAGAUAAGCCUUUCUCCUCCAGAGACUUGUGUUGGGGAUGUUGAGCUCCGUGAAGAUGGAAGCCCAUGAUCUACCAGAAUGGAAUACUUUCUACAGCGAGGCCAGUGAGAUGUAUUCCUCUCCCAGCACCAUGAACUCUGGUCUGGGCUCCAUGGGCUCCAUGGGCACCAUCAACAGCUACAUCAACUUGAAUCCAGCCACCGCCUCGCCUGCGGGCAUGAACAUGGCCUACCCGAGCUCCAGCCUCAGCAGUUCCCCACUGGCCUCCAUGGGCUCCGCGCCCGCUCACAUGCCCCUCUCCCCAGUGGCCUCGUCCCUCAGCUCGGGCCCGUUAACCCAGCUGGGCCCCGCUGCUCCGGGCUCCCUGGGCUCCUUGUCCCACUACCAGAACAUGGGGCAGUCCAUGAGCCAGCUGGGGUACCCCACCACUGCAACCCUGAGCCGGGCCGGGCCCAAGGAUAUUCCCCCGAAGCCCUACCGACGCUCCCUGACCCACGCCAAGCCGCCAUACUCCUAUAUCUCCCUCAUCACUAUGGCGAUCCAGCAGAGUGGCAGCAAGAUGCUCACCCUGAACGAGAUCUACCAGUGGAUCAUGGACCUGUUCCCCUACUACCGCGAGAACCAGCAGCGCUGGCAGAACUCCAUCCGCCACUCGCUCUCCUUCAACGACUGCUUUGUGAAGGUGGCUCGCUCGCCGGACAAGCCGGGCAAAGGCUCUUACUGGACUCUGCACCCGCAGUCGGGCAACAUGUUUGAGAACGGCUGCUACCUGAGGCGCCAGAAACGCUUCAAGAUCGAGGACAAGAUGGCGAAGAAAGGAGGCAAGAGCCAGGAGGGCUCAGGGAAAGGAGGCCACAGCGGAGAUCACCAGAUGGAGGAUCACAGCCCCACAGGAGGGUCAGAGGGAGCCGACUCCGCCCACUCAGACAACUCUCACCCGGGCUCCUCGGACGACCAGCCGCACCCCCGAAACUCCCUGGUUCCACUAGACUGCCCGCCGCUGUCCUCCUCACACCUCCACAGCCCGCCUGUCUCCCUGCCCCCCUCUUCCUCCACCUCGUCCUCCAUGCCUCCAUCCUCCUUGCCCCUCUCAGCCACCUCCUCCUCCUCCAACCUGCUCCUCCACUCCCAGUCUUUAGUGGGGAACACCCACCUCCUGCCCAGCACCAUGCAGCACCACAUGGACCUACAGAGUGACACUCUCAAGUCCCUGGACCCCCACUACAACUUCAACCAUCCCUUCUCCAUCACCAACCUCAUGUCCAACGAGCAGAAGAUGGACCUCAAGUCCUACCAGGACCAGGUGAUGGCCUACAACAGCUACGCCGGCAGCUCACCUGUGGGAGCGAAGCAGAUCUACGACAGCCCAGGGCCCGCCACCAUGGACUCAGGCGCUUACUACCAAAAUCUGUACAGCCGCUCGGUGCUCAACGCCUCCUAAUAUGGACACUCACCCCCCCACACACACACACACACCUGUCUGUAGAGGUGAGAAGAUGGAGACUUCUCUUUCUCUCUGCCUUUUCUAAAAUGGACACCCAAGCUCUCUUUAUCUUCCUCUUUUUUCUCGGUCCCUCUCUGGCUCACGUCCAGUGGCCUUGGAAGAGACUCACAUCUAAAAUGGCUGCCGUGUUAGAGGGGCAAAAGAGGCCGGGGCUUUUCUUUUUUUUUCUUUUUUCCAAAUCUGACGAACAUGGAGACUGGUCGGUUACAUGGAGGACAGAGAAGUGGAGCUGGAUGAUUUGAAGUCUUAACUGAUGAUGAAGACAUUUGACUGGUCCGUGUGUAAAGGAGACAGCCAACAGAAGUCCGAUCCUGUCGCAGCGGCACUGCACAUGGUGAAAUUGGCUUUGUACAAAAUGUAAAUAGAGGUAAUGCGGGGGAAAAGAAUAUUUGCAUUUAUUUAUGAAGGGGAUAAAGUUUAAUAUAUCUUGUAUAGUGCUCUGUUGACCAGUUACAACCCCAAUGUGAGGUUUUUGAAUCCAAAGAAGACGAGUUUCAGGUUACUGCUUCAGGCAGGUGUUACUGCAGUUUUUGUGUGCUUGUUACAACAUUUCACACUACGUUCCGUCAUUUCUGUCACAUCCAUCAAUGUAAAUGUAGCUCAUGAAGUCUGAACGGUUUGCUGUCUUGGUCGAUAUGAAGAAAACGAAGCCAGUUCGUCCUUGCUGGAGCGCAGAGGAAACAGAAGUUAAAGCUUCCUCUGCGGCCAGAAGGAAAGAGGCAAAGUAACUGUGGUAAAGACUAAAAAAAAAAAAAAAAAACAUGUCAUGUUUAUGUUUUUCAUUUCCCACAAUCAUUUCCUGUUGUUACCUUGACAAGAGCAUUAAAACCAAAACGGUUCUCACCAGCCCGUCACAUUCUGAAUAGCAGACAGCUGGUGAGGUGCAGGGGGGAGUUCAGUCAGUUACUAAAACAGUGGAUUGGAGGAGAGAUGCACUAUGGGAGGAUUUACAUACAGUACUUUGCACUAUGGAGCUCCCACUCGCCAGGUGGGCUGAUAGUGUGUGUGUUUGUGUGUGUUACAACAAUACUUAAGGACUCCCCCUUACACUGUCAAUGCAUCGGCUCAAUGGGAUCAGUGGAACAAUGUCAAAGGGUGUCAAAUAAUCCUCACUGUCCAAAAAAAGUGCCUUUUCUUCAAACGACUGCUGAUCUGAUAAAAGAUCAAUAUCGAUGAUCUAUUGAAGGAUUGUUCUGAUCGCCGGCAAAGGACGCAGAAGUUUCAGGUCACGUGAUGUCCUUUGUGGAGCAUAUUUUAGUUUCAAAGAGAAAUGUCUUUUUAUUUAAGCUACGUUGCUUUUCAGACUUUGAAAGUGUGCUGAUAUAAUAUAUUGUUUUUGUUGUUGUUUCUGUUGGUUUAAAUGUGAUUAAAAUGAUUUGUGUUUCAUUUUUCUUAUUAAAAAGGCAAAAAA